GAGACAGGCUAAAGUUUAAAACAGGACAGGAAUGACAUUUUAAUCGUGUAGAAGCAAUUUUCCCUCGACAGCUCCACCAUGUCCGGAGCGUUAGCGAGGCUGCUCUUCUACCCGACUUUAGGCUACAAUGUUCUCAUGGAGAAAGUGUCCUCGAGGCGGUGGUUCGACCGGGUGGACGACACGGUCAUACUGGGGGCUCUUCCGUUCAGGUCCAUGACCAAACAGCUGGUGGAAACAGAAAAUGUUCGGGGUGUCAUCACCAUGAAUGAGGAGUAUGAAACCAAAUACUUCUGCAACUCAGCUGAGGAGUGGCACGCUGCAGGUGUGGAGCAGCUGAGACUGAGCACCGUGGACCUGACGGGYGUCCCCAGCCUGGAGAACCUCCUCACAGGGGUGGAGUUCGUGCUGCACCACCGAGAGCGGGGGUCCAGUGUGUACGUUCACUGCAAGGCAGGACGCUCUCGCAGCGCCACACUGGCCGCUGCAUACCUCAUACGGUUACACAGCUGCAGUCCGGAGGAGGCCUGUCAGAAGCUGGCGUCAGUGCGACCACACAUCCUGGUGCGCUCAGCUCAGCUGGAGAUGCUCAGGAAAUACCACGAGGAGGUGUGUGGACGGUCCAGCUGAGAGAGAGAGACCGGUCAGACCUUCCUAUGUCCCCUCUGAGCCUGAAAACUGGACUGUGCCUCCAUCAAAGCUCCAGUGAUAGAAAACACAGCUGCUUUCUAAAUGUUAUACCUGUUUAUGUUUUAAAAUCUUAUUUUUAUGUUUUUAUGUAAAACUACAGUUUUUUAUUAUUAAUGGUUAAGCUACUAGGAAGACAAUUCAUUUUGUUUUUGUGAUUGUUUAAUUUCUUGGUCCAGGUGUGGUUUGGGUGUUUUAUCCAACAUCUAAAUACUUUGUUAGAAAAUAUUGUACAAUCAUCUCCGACUGUAAAUUUGAGCUUCACUUUCUGCUUCUUGCAUUUGGUUUAAACAGAGGAAAAAAAGAUUUUGUUAUGAAGCAGCUGCUCUACUAUAGGAGUUUAAAUUUUAUUAUCAGUGUAUUUUUUUUUACAAAGCUUUAAAAAGAAAACUACCAAGGAAGUUGAAUAAACAUUUGUAUCACAAAAUGCUGUCAUAUUUUUUUUUAAUUUGGUGUAACACUCAUAUUUGUUCUAGUUAGUUUAGGGUUAAUUAUUACAUAAAUAAAUGCAGAGUUUUAAUUGUGUUGCUGACCACUCA